CCAUGUGUACACAGUGUACAAAUCAUUGAGUGAACGAAUGACUGUUAGUGUACACGGAGUAGAGACAGAGAAAAAAAGAAAAUGGGAGAAGAUAGAGUAAGACCGUCCGCUUUUUUGGUGCAGGGAUUGUCAACAUUUGCAAUCGCAUACCUGACAAGUUUAACGGGACUCAUCUAUGGCUGGCCAUCUUACACUUUGGAGAUGUUCCAAUCAAACGCGUCCGUACUGUCUGCACCCAUGUCCAGCAUGGAGGUGUCCCUACUUGGCAGUCUAACCAACGUCGGAGGACUCCUGGCCACACCAUUUUGCGGGUAUGCUGUAAACAAGUUCGGCAGGAAGUACGCUGCUAUUAUGUACGGAAUACCUUUUGCGAUCUCUUGGGGAAUAAUAUCGGUAGCGCGAUGGCCGCCACUCAUAAUACUAGCAGUAGCACUUGGCGGAGUGGGUGCGGCAGGGCAGGCGGUCUCCUCCGUCUACAUAUCAGAGAUAGCGCAGGAUUCCAUCCGAGGAGCCCUCACCUCCACCACAGUGUCCGGAUACUUCGUUGGUCUUCUCUUCUCCUACGCUAUAGGAGGUCAGCUCAGUUACCAUCAAGUGGCGUACGUUCAUCUCGCUAUGUCGCUCAUGUAUAUGGUCAUGUUGACAUUUUUGAAAGAAUCACCAGUUUAUUUGAUCCAGAUUGGGAAAGAUAAGGAGGCCGCCGACUCUCUGGCAUUCUACAGACGUGUGCCCGCCACAUCCAAGGAAGUGGAAGUCGAGAUAGCUAAGAUUAAACUGCAAAUGGAUCCGAGAAUAGACAACAUACUACAAGGUGAAAAUGAUCCAAAUGCAACGAAAGAACUUAUAGAAAAACAAAAUGAUAGAACAUCCAGAAGUGAAUCUCAAUGGAAAUUUUUGAUGAAAUCAGAGUCAUCCCAGCAGGCCAUGGUGGCGGUAUUGAUUGUGAUGUCGGUGACGAUACUUAUGGGGUCUAUUGUGCUGCAAGUGUACGCGGAGCCGCUGUUCAAGGAAGCGGUGCCGACGAUGCAACCCAAUCUGUGCUCUGUUCUGUUGGCCGUCACGUACCUCUUGGCGAGCGUUCUUUGCGCUUUCAUGGUGGACAAGUUCGGAAGAAGGCCGUUACUGACAAUCACAUCAGUGGGGUCAGCACUGUGUACCUUGGUGCUGGGCAGUCAGCUGCAGCUGCACUGGGGCCCGCAUUGGCUCACCGCUGCCACUAUCUACGCUUACAGCUUCAUCUACAACUUCGGCGCUGCCAUUGUGCCCUUCGUGUUGACUGCUGAGGUCUUCCUACCAGAGGUCCGUGGUCUCGGCAACAGCAUGUCAAUGGCAUGCAUGUGGAUCAUGAACUUCGUGACUCUGAUUAUCUUCAACCCGCUAGUAGACUGGCUCGGUCUAGGUCCGGUCUUCUACGUGUUCUCUUGCAUUUGCCUUCUUGGUGCUACGUACAGCCACUUCUGGUUGCCGGAGACCAAAGGUCUACCGGCUGAUGCUAUACAAAAAUUGUUCCUUAAGAAAGAGACAAGAAAGGUGUUAAAUAAAGGUUGA